AUGAUCCCUAGAGAUCCCCAUUUCACGUCGUACGGAGAUGCUAGCUUCCUUGGAGGAGGUGCCUAUUCUGACGAACUUCUCUUUUGGUUCCGCAUUGUUUGGAGCCCCGCUAUUGUUGCUGGUACAAAACUGAAAGCCAGCAACCCCAACUACGUCCACAUCAACAGCCUUGAGUUCUUGGUAGCCUUUCUCCAGGAAAUUGCCACGGUUGUCCGCCUUGAAGGAACUUCCCAUGCCCAUCCAGGCCUGGCCCACAAAUUCCCCAACGGAUUUUCCCAAUUCCCAGUUCUGCUCAACCGCACUGACAACACACCCACUGAGAAAUGGAUGAAUGACGCCCGCACAAACAGCCCUUUUGCACGCCUUUUGGUCGACUUGCAUGGUCAGCUCCUCAAACGCUCCCCUCUGACUGCUCUUUCUGAUCAUAUCCCUGACAUUUCGCACUUUACCUUGGAUGAGAAACUACGAUUAUUUCCAGCCGAGUCCCGAACUUUGCUCCGUCCUGCGCUCCUGUCUAUUCUCCAAUCCAAAGCAGGCGCCACCGACGAUCCCCGCAAAUCUGGGACACUUCGUUCCCGCCGACUCCAUUUCCUCAAGUUUUGCUAUGAUAUGAACCUGCGCGACGACUAUUUAAUGAAUGGCCCUGACUUCCCUCACGAACGCCGCGUCGCAACCUUUGCACUCUACACAGUGGCACUUGCUACCGGUCGCACAAUUAAAGGCCAAUACAUCAAGUCUGCCACAAUCAAGCAGUACCUCCAUGCGGCAGCAUCUUUUAUCUGCCUUUUCACCGGUCGUGAUCCCCGAUACAACAACCCGAGCGACACCAAAAUGUCACCCGAUAUUCAUGCCACCAUUGCUGAAGUGGAGCGCCAUGAAAACGUUCCCAAUAAACUUGAGCCCUACACCCUCGACAUGCAACAACACCUCGAGCACCGCAAUAUCGACACCAAAGCCCACCGAGACGGUCUCUGGAAAACAUGUGAAGACUGGAACAGUAUCGGCCUCCUCGAUGGCCACCGCCUGUCCGAGUAUGCCCAAACUUCCGCCAACAAAAAUAUUGGCGACCAAGCAACCUUUGACGGCAUUUCCAUUGCAUUUUGUGUCAAAGAUGUUACCUGUUUCGACAAGUUUAAACGCAAAGUAUCCAUUUCCGAUUUCCUUCAGAAUCCAGACCUUGUUUGGCGCAUAAAAACGCGUUUCUCCCAUCAGAAGAACGGUAACCAUGGGGAAGAAAAACUUUUUAUUCGCAGUGAAAAGUCCCCACUCCGUUGCUACAUCCGUCGGAUGCAUUCCAUCCUUUCCCGGUUUGACCGAUUGAUCGGCAUCACCACAACCAAUGUCCCCCUUGCGGUAUACCAAGAUGGCGCCCGCGUCCUCUUCCUUCAUGACGCAGAAAUCACCCGUGUCAUGCGCCAUGUUGCUUGUUCGCUCUACAACCUAGACCCCAAACAAGACAAGACCAUUGCCAUCCCCACCAUUUCCCUCUGUGGUGGUGGUUGCUUUGAGCAUUUCUUCCACCUGAUGGUUCAACAAAUGAUUGUUGCAAGGGAUAUGAGGGACUUUCAAAUCUCUUGCAGUUUUUUUGUUAGUUGA